AUGGCACUUUUGCUGCCCAUGUUGUGUCCAGGUAAGAUCUGUUUUCUGGGGUUGACAUCUGUCUGAUAUUUGGUGGGUGCUUUGUGCACUUACACAAAUACACAUCACAGUGAUAGCCGGUGUCUUUCUCCAACAGCUGUAUUUCUGAGUUCUCCUUUAAGCUGCCCCCUUGUGCAGGAUUUUUACUGGGUUACUGUGUGAUCAAUUGUUUGCAAAAACAGCCAAAAACUGGAGGCAUCUUCAUAUGUUUAUGGACAGUGUGUAGCAAAUGUACUCUAACCCUAAUGGCUGCAUUUUGAACAUUUGAACAUUUUGGUACAGCAGCACAUAUACUGUUGCUUGUGUUGCUUUAAUGUGUGGUUAUGCAAAGGAAACAAAGAAUAUAAUGUUACUUUACUUUCUCUGUGUUGAUGCAGGGUUGUUUCUCUUUACAUUUGCAGCUCAGCGUCUGCGAUACUUUGAGAUCCUAACUGAUGAUAACUUUGAGUCAGCAGAUGUAGCCUUCAAAAAGUGUAAGGAGACAAAUGCAUCAAUGAUGACUUUGUAUGAUGAGCAGGAUGCCAAAUUUGCAUUCAACUUCACAAAGGGCUGUGAGGAACUGGGUCUCACAAGAAAGUGCUGGCUUGGCUUGCAGUAUGUUGGGAACUGUUCCAAGUGGUCCAGUGGUGAACCUGUCACAUUCCUAUCCAACAACAUAACUACACAUCAUUCAAGAAAUGAACAAACAUGUGUAGCCAUUGAAAACAAGGAAUGGAAAAAAUUUAACUGCUCAGACAAGAAAUUCUUCAUGUGCUCCAAGGGUAAGUUCGAUCAUAACAACAUGUAUAAAGUGCUAUCAUGUCAAUAAUACAUCAAUAAGGUGCUCACCGUGACAACACUAACACAUCAGUGUAUAGCUAAGGUACAUUUUUUUGUGUUUGCUUUUUCUUAGUCAGGAUGAUAAUAGUUUUUCAUUUGAUUGUUAGUUUUGCAGAUAUUAAGGCUGUUUCAACUCUUCAUUUAUUUUUUCCAUGCUAUGCCACAGCUAACUUUACCAAAGUCAAGAAAGGAUCCUGAGUUGUAUUGAGCACAUAAACUGUUCAUAAACUGGAUUACAUUUUGGCUCUGGGCUGAACUUCCAUUGAAGCAUCUAAAAUUUUAUAUUUUAAAGGAUUCUUUUUUCACCAAUUGUUCACAAAAUCCACUUUUUGUGUUGGGAGGGGAAUUAAUGGAAAGACCACAGCUUAAGAAACACAUUUAUUUCUGCAGCUUUCUCUGUGCUUUGAAAACAUGGGAUAAGAUAUUACUGUAAAUAAGAUUUUAAAAAAGCGCUCACUUCCUUAUUUUUAUUUUUAUUUUAAUGAAGGAUAUUUGCUUCAUAUUUUUUUUAUCUUUUGCAGGUGAUAAUUACACUCUAGUUGAAUCUGCAAAGACUUGGUGUCAGGCUCUUAAGCAUUGCAGAAAGAAACACGCUGAGCUGGUCAGCAUCCACAAUGAAACACAAAAUGAGACAGUCAUAAAUCGUGGAAAAAACAAGAGCUUUUGGAUCGGACUCCAGCUGGAUUGUUGGAGGUGGGAUGACAACGGCUGUUCUUCGUUCAGAGAAUGGACAGGCUUAAACAAUGAAGGAACUAUAGAUGCUAAAUGGACAGGGAUGGGUAUUAAUGACCAAUCAGUUUCUCUUAAUCGAAUGGCUGAUGAUAGCUUUGGUCUGUCUCCCUUUUGCGCUAAAGGUAAGCAAAAAUAUUAACAAACCCCAUUUACAUUGAAGUUGGGAUGUUGUGUAAAAUGUGAAUAAAAACAGAAUACAAUGAUUUGCAAAUCCCUUUCCAUCUAAAUUUAAUUAAACACACAAGCAAGACAAGAUAUCAAAUGUUCAAACUGAUAACCUUGAUUGUUUUUUUUGGGCAAAUAUUUAUUUAUUCUGACAUUGAUGCUGUAACACAUUCCUGUUGGAACAGGGUCAGCCUUUCCACUGUGUUACAUCGCCUUUUCUUUAACAACACUGAGUCGUACAAUGAAACUUAACUUCUCAAUGCAUAGAAACAGAAAAUGUACAGCACCAAUCAUUGCCCUAAUAUUUGAACUAUUUAGUUAUGCACAAAGCACAUUACACAGCUAGUAUUACAGUAGCAAUAGCAGUAUUAACAAAUCCUCUGUCACAUACUAGGUAACGUGAGAAUCAAGGUCGUUAAUCAGAGUCAAACAUGGGAAAACGCCUUCGACUACUGCAAGAAACAUUACUCCCGCCUGCUGUGGAUCACAGAUAAGCACGAUCAGCAGGCUGUUGAACAAUGGCUCAACAACUAUGAUGUGGGUGUGGAUGGUCCAUUCUGGAUUGGUCUGAUACAAAGUCGUGUCUUUGGAUUCUGGAUUUGGGCUGGCGGUACGACAGUGUGGUACUCCAACUGGAAGGGUGAAGAACCACCUGAGAUGCCCAUGUCUCAGAAUUGUGGAGUCAUUGACAAAGAUGACAAAAAAUGGAGCGAUGAAAAUUGUCUGUACAAGCGACCGUUUCUCUGUGAGGAGGAUAUUAUCUACAUGUAG